GGUGACACAUACCACGGCAGAAGACAAAGGAAGAGGAAGUCUGCAUCUUAUCACAUUCAUGAUUCACACACUGCCAGGAACCACCUGAAACACACACACGCCGAGAGCUACAGACCCGUGUAGAACUGAAUCUGCUAACAACGCAGAAGAUCAUUAAAUAAGAAGAAUGAAGAUCAUUUGGACUUUCACUCUGCUGAUGAUUCCUGGUGCCAUGACCUCCAUGAGUGUGACUGGACAUGCAGGAGGUGAAAUCAACAUCACAUGCACAUAUCAAGAAAAAUAUACAGCAAAUGUAAAGUAUUUUUGUAGAGGACAGUGGUCAGACUGUACAGACCGAAUCAGGACUAAGACUAAAAACAAAUGGGUUGAUUCUGGAAGAUUCUCUCUGUUUGAUGACACAAGAGCAACAGUUUUCACUGUGACCUUCAGAAAUCUGAGAGAACAGGAUUCUGACACGUACUGGUGUGCAGUUGAUAUCCCUCUCUCUGAAGAUCCUAACACUGAAGUGAAGCUGAAAAUUAUAUCAGGGAAAAGCACUUAUCCACCACCCUUGGCAUCUUCAUCUUCAUCAUCAUCAUCACCACCAUCAUCAAUCACAACUCCACCUGUUUCACUAAAUUCCCAGCCAUCAACAUCUGAUCUAACACUGAGUUCUCCGUCUAUCAAUGACUCGUCUCUGAUCAUCGGUGUGUCUGUGAUUCUGCUUCUGCUCAUCACUGGACUCGUUUCAUUUAAAGUGGCUCUCUGUAAGAAGCAUCAGGCUCGAGAUAAAGACCCUGAUUCAGACUCUAAAAUGUCUGAACCUGGAACAGAAAACAGUGAAGCGGUUCCUCAAAUGCCUUACAUUUAUGAGGAGAUUAAAGACACCAGGCCUCAAACUGACUGCAAAACUGCCCGAUUACCCACAAACCCCUCUGAUUCUACUAAAACAGUCUAUGCGACUCCUCAAUUACCCACAAACCCCUCUGCUUCUACUAAAACAGUCUAUGCGACUCCUCAAUUACCCACAAACCCCUCUGAUUCCAUUAAAACAGUCUAUGCGACUCCUCAAUUACCCACAAACCCUGCUGAUUCUACUAAAACAGUCUAUGCGACUCCUCAAUUACCCACAAACCCCUCUGAUUCCAUUAAAACAAUCUAUGCGACUCCUCAAUUACCCACAAACCCUGCUGAUUCUACUAAAACAGUCUAUGCGACUCCUCAAUUACCCACAAACCCCCUCUGAUUCCAUUAAAACAGUCUAUGCGACUCCUCAAUUACCCACAAACCCUGCUGAUUCUACUAAAACAGUCUAUGCAACUCCUCAAUUACCCACAAACCCCUCUGAUUCCACUAAAACAGUCUAUGCGACUCCUCAAUUACCCACAAACCCCUCUGAUUCCACUAAAACAGUCUAUGCGACUACUCAAUUACCCACAAACCCCUCUGCUUCUACUAAAACAGUCUAUGCAACUCCUCAAUUACCCACAAACCCCUCUGAUUCCAUUAAAACAGUCUAUGCGACGCCUCAAUUACCCACAAACCCUGCUGAUUCUACUAAAACAGUCUAUGCGACUCAUCAAUUACCCACAAACCCCUCUGAUUCCAUUAAAACAGUCUAUGCGACUCCUCAAUUACCCACAAACCCCUCUGAUUCCAUUAAAACAGUCUAUGCGACUCCUCAAUUACCCACAAACCCCUCUGAUUCCAUUAAAACAGUCUAUGCGACGCCUCAAUUACCCACAAACCCCUCUGAUUCUACUAAAACAGUCUAUGCGACUCAUCAAUUACCCACAAACCCCUCUGAUUC